AUGGAUAAAUCGGAAAUUAUGGAAACUGAAGAGGUUAAGGUUGACAAAACCGAUAAAUUACCGUUUUCUAUAGACAGUUUGCUGGCUGAUAAGAAUAGUGUUGGGACUUCCGAUUCGGAGUACAAUGUGUUUAAAGCAAAUUAUGAUGAUGAGAGCAGUGGGUCGGAACAAUUGGAUGUGGAGACUUCUACGAUGGAUGUUCAGGAGUUUGCUGACACUAGAGUGGAUUAUCAGACAGGUUCGUGUUCCCGCGGGAAGAGAGCUCGUACCGCUUUCAGUGCUCAGCAGAUAAAGAGUUUGGAAGCUGAGUUUGAGAAGAACAGAUAUUUAUCAGUGGCCGCUAGAGGGCGCCUCGCGAGGCAGCUCAGACUGACAGAGACACAGAUUAAAAUAUGGUUCCAAAACCGACGUACUAAAUGGAAACGUAAAUACACAAACGACGUUGAGAUAUUGGCGCAGCAGUAUUAUAAUAGUUUGGGCAUAAUUACCCCAAGACCGAUGUUCGUUGGCGAUAGAUUGUGGAUUUUUAAUUACCCGAAUCGCUUGCAACCGACUCAGCAACAGCAAUGGGCUAAAUCUUUGAACAAUAUAGCUAGUCAUUCACAUAAUCCUAUAGACAGAACGGUAUAUAGAAGCUUAUCAAAGCCUGAAAUACCAUUUUUAUUAUCGGCUCCACAGUACAGCGAGCGUGUUCUUCUAGAGCGAAGUGUCAGUCUGACAGGUGUCAAAGUUCCCGCCCAAACUCGCCUGACGUCACUACCGCGAGAGGUUUACAGCAAUAUGGCGACGGCGCAAAGGAGUUUGGAUAUGUAUAAAAAUAAUAUAUUAAGCCACAGUCAACAGGAACCGAAUGUCGAUCAUUUAAGAAGAUUGGAAGAGAAUUUUAGUAUUUAG